AUGCUUCUCCGGCACGCCGGGAUUAGCACCAACCUACUGGUCGGAGUACUUAGGGAAAUACUUUCUGCUUCAUCCGUGAAGUUCGUGCUGGGGAUUAGUUUGGAAUGCACGCUGGCGCUCUGGGCGCAUGCGCAGAACACGACCGUGACGUCAUCGGAAGAGGAGGAAGAGGAUGUUUCCAACCUGGAGGAGCUGGAGUUUGAACUUGAACAGGAGUCUGGAAAUCUAGAAAGAGGGUGA